ACAUGUCUGUGACUUCAUGCUACAGCAUGCAGACAGUGAGGGUGCCCUGCUGGGAGACAGGUGCUCCCUCCAGCCAGCCACCAGUGUAAGUACACUGGCCUCCAGUCUAGGCGAUCCCGAGAGUGAGAGGCUGUGUGUGGAGGACUUUAUUCCCAGGGGCGACUCUCUGGAGCAGCUGAAUUCAGCUGAAAGUGACCCUAAACUGCCCUCUUCACCCAGUGAGGUGGGAUUGGAGCAGGAGGGGGAGAGUUGCAAGGAAGAUGUACUGAUGGAAGGCGACCAGGUAGCUGACUUUGCCAGCUCAGUGCUAGCAGCCAUCUCCUGCUGGCACUAUAGAGCCAGGGCUUUGCUUCCUGCUCAUUUCACAACGGAUAAUGAGAAAAGCAGCAGUUCUGAGUUAAAAACUGCACCAGAGGAGGUGAAAACCUGCCGACAGGAGGAAGACAAAAGGGACGUUGUUAUGAAAGACACUCUCUGCACACAGGUCAGUGUGCAGGAGCUGAGCCAUCCAGACUGCCUCCCACAAGAAGACAAGAGUCACCAGCUGGAGGUGUAUUACUCCCAAAGUCCCCAGUUUCCAACAGGCRCCUCCAAACAAGAAACUGAACCACCAGACUCUCUAGAUACCUCCAGAGAAACUGGAGAGGAGGAGGGAGGGAGCGAUUCCUCUGGCCUCCAAGUCGAGGAGACGAGUGCUCUGACGAACAGCGAGCUCUCAGAGGAGGAGGAAGUGGUGCUUUCCAGUAAAAAUAAAAGCAUCUUGCCGCCUUCUGUGUUGGACCAGGCGAGCGUGAUUGCCGAGCACUUCAUGGACCGCCUGUCCCGACGGUGCAGCUACGUUUCUGAGGACCGCGGUUCCCUCGUCAGCCCUUCACCACCAGUAGAUAACGACGUCUUUCAGAUCCCCUCGGCCUGCACGGGUUUGGAGGAGGAGACGAUGGCCGCCUCUCUGUCUGAGCCGCAGGGACGCCCGGAGAACAAUCUGUCAGCCGACCUGGGCGAAGGAGAACCCAGGUCCACGCUCUCUAAAAAAGACCGCCUCCUCAUCCACAAAAUCAGACGGUACUACGAGCACGCCGAGCACCAAGACGCCGACUUCAGCGUCAAGCGUCGCGAAAGCCUGUCCUACAUUCCAGCCGGCUUGGUGAGACAGCUGAGCCGGCAGCUGAACAGCGUUCCCCCGGAGAACCCGGUCCACAGGAAAGAGCUCUCUCGAAACAGACCCACUUCCUGGUCCGUGUUCGACCUGCCCGGCUUGGAAAAAAACAAAACGACCGCUUCGUUCCAAACCGAGGCCGGCGCUGCGGACGCCUGCGCAGCGGAAGAAAAGUUCCGUCCCUCGUCCGACAUGCUGAAGGUUUGGGAGGUUAUGGAAGCUGAAGAGGAGGACGUCAGGCMGGCUGCAGGAGACAAACUUAGUGAUUCCAGAUUAGCAGUUACUCAGAAUCGGCAACCGCCUCUUUUAGAAGAGUCUGAGGUGAGCCYCGCCUCCGACGUGUCCUCAACGAACACGAGUUCCUCCGCAGUGGAGGGAGGAUCCGAUCAGGACUCUAAACCGUGCAGGACCCGUGAGUUAGAGGACGACAAUCAUUUCAGCCCAAACCGCCUGCCCAAGAUCAUUAAGUUCAGAACCAGCGUAGAUGAAGGGAAGGUGAAAAACAAGGUGUUCCAGCUGGCCCGUCAGUACAGCCAGCGCAUCAGAAACAACAGGCCUCUGGUCCGGCAGAGGACCCGACUACCAGCCAGUCUGGACGGCCUCAGGAGUGUCCCUGCUGUCCACCAGGAGAUGAGAAAAAAAGGUAAACCCAACCUGAGAUUACCUUUGCCUGCGUGUGAACACGAAGUCAUACAUGAAGGCGUUUCUCCGAGUCCAGUCCAGACUCCYAGCUCCACACCCAGCUCCCAGAGCACAGUAACGUCCCCUCAGAGUCCUCUGUCWGAGACCUUCCUCUGGCCGGACGUUCAGGAGCUGCGUUCCAAAUACACGGACAAGUCCCGCUCUCUGAAASCCGCCUGCGUUUGCACGGUCUCCAACGGACUCUGCAGGACCAGGUGUGACGGUUGCUCUCAGAAGUACAGCAGCUCCUCGGAGCUUCACAGCGCUCAGACAGACCGGACGGCCCUCUGCAGGAAGCCUCCGUACGAGGACAGGUGUCGGGUGUCAGAGGACUGGCCUCAGCACCAGACGCGUCCUUCGCUCUGCCGGUGGAGCUCUGUGGACCACGUCAUCGGGUCUCUGCCCCUCCACGAAGUGCAGAACCUCCAGGAACCCGUGCGGACCUGCGCUCCUGUUUGCAAAGUCCAAAGCGAGGACAGUCUGCUACGGGACGGCGUCUUGUCCUCAGAAAGUUUUCGCGUGAAAAGUUUACGAGAGAAGUUCCAGAGUUUAGGCUCGAGCUGAUGAUGUUUUAAUAUCAGGAGACUUUAGRCGGUCAACUGAUGAUUUUUUAAAUAUUUAUUCUGAAAUUGUUUCCCCUCAAAAAAACACUAAUUACUGUCUGCAUGAAGACGCAGGAAGUAGUGGGUAACAAAACACCUGUGUAACAAAACAUGGAUGCUCCUGGUAAGAAGGAAAGUAUCCUCCCUUUUAAAAUUGUGCACAAUAACGAUUUGUCUUUAUGUAAAAACAUAAAGCCUCCUGUAUCAAAACUUAGACACUUUUUAAAUCUUAAAUCCUCUGUCGACUGCUUUUAUCAUUACAGUCACAGAAGCACAGUUGUGAAUAAUUCUUUAAGGGUUUCAGGAGAAUCUGAGAGCUUUGCUGUUGAGACACCAAAGAUGGUGCUGAUGCAGACGGACAACGAAAAUCUGCUUCCACAUUUUUUCUUAAGCUGCUUGGAAAACAGUUGCACACGUCACUGGAGCUUUAUUUUUAUGGACAGGUUGUAUAUUUUCUUAAAGAUUAUUUAUAAAACUGUACAUUUGGGUUGUGGAAACUGGACUCGGCAACUCGUUUGUUACAUUUUAGUAGCUGAAUGUGCAUUUGUUUCAUAUGUGCAGCUUCUCAUAUUUUCAAUAAAAAUACAAACAUUAAGAACGACCAGA